UCAUUGAUUAAACGUGAAAAUGUUAUUAACUCAAAAGAAUAAAUGUACCUGAAAUUAUGAGCAACGGUAUUAACAGUUAGAUAACGGCAAAAUCAUGCGCUUCAGAAAAGUAAACAGCAGCACCUCCUCGCGCUUCCUGCAUAUCGAUCCCAUAAGCGAUCUCAAAGCGGCAAAGCCUCUUUCCCUGACCCCCAAAGUAUCUGAGGAUGCAAAACCACAGCACAUGGCAGCUUCUGUUGCUAGUUCAAACAUAGUGAAAUGGAACAUGUCAAUCACCAAGCACAUGCGGAAUGGCGAAUGUGAAUCUGCAUUGCGCUUAUUCAAGUCCAUGCCUAGGAAAAACUGCGUGUCUUGGAACUCCAUGAUCUCUGGGUACUUGUCAAAUAACAGGUUCGACCUCGCACACCAGCUGUUCAAUCAAAUGCCUCAAAGGGACUUGGUUUCUUGGAAUGUAAUGUUAGGUGGGUAUGUGAAGAAUAAGAAUCUUGGGGCAGCUAGGUUGUUGUUUGAUCAAAUGCCUAAGAGAGACGUUGUGUCAUGGAACACUAUGCUAUCUGGGUAUGCCCAAAAUGGGCAUAUUGAUGAAGCGAGGAGGAUAUUUGAUAUCAUGCCUGUGAAGAAUGAGAUCUCAUGGAAUGCGCUGCUUGCAACAUAUGUGCAGAAUGGGAGGAUUGAAGCUGCUAGGAGAUUGUUUGAGUUGAAGGAAAGUUGGGCGGUGGUUUCUUGGAAUUGCUUGAUGGGUGGGUAUUUGAAGAAGAGGAUGUUGGCGGAGGCCAGAGCGGUUUUUGAUAGAAUGCCUACGAGGGACAAGGUUUCAUGGAAUACUAUGAUUUCCUGUUAUGCUCAGAAUGGUGAAUUGGAGGAAGCAAGGAGGUUGUUUGAUGAGUCUCCUGUUAAAGAUGUAUUUACUUGGACUUCAAUGGUUUCAGGGUAUGUGCAAAAUGGUAGAGUGGAGGAAGCUAGGGGGAUUUUUGAUGAGAUGCUAGUGAAGAAUGAGGUUUCAUGGAAUGCAAUGAUUGCUGGUUAUGUUCAGUGCAAAAGGAUAGACUUGGCGAGGGAAUUGUUUGAUGCAAUGCCCUGUAAAAAUAUUAGUUCAUGGAACACAAUGAUAACUGGUUAUGCUCAAAAUAGCGAUAUUGUUAGUGCAAGGAGUUUGUUUGAUUGUAUGCCUAUGCGCGAUUGCAUUUCUUGGGCUGCAAUUAUUGCAGGGUAUGCUCAAUGUGGUAAUAGUGAGGAGGCAUUGCACAUGUUUGUGGAAAUGACAAGAGAUGGAGAGAGGCUUAAUAGGUCAUCAUUUACAUGUGUCAUAAGUACAUGCGCUGACAUUGCAGUUUUUGAGUUGGGAAAGCAGAUACACGGCAGACUUGUAAAGGCAGGAUAUGAAUCAGGUUGUUAUGUGGGGAAUGCACUCCUAGCAAUGUAUUGCAAGUGUGGAAGCAUUGGAGAGGCACUUGAUGUAUUCAAGGGAAUAGCAGAGAAGGAUGUGGUCUCUUGGAACACGAUGAUUGCUGGUUAUGCAAGGCAUGGAUUUGGCAAAGAAGCUCUUGAUUUUUUUAAAAUGAUGAAGGACUUUGGUAUCAAACCUGAUGAUGUUACCAUGAUUGGAGUACUGUCUGCAUGCAGUCAUACUGGCUUGGUUGACAGGGGAAUGGAAUAUUUUUAUUCUAUGAAGGUAGACUAUGGGAUAGUUGCAAAUUCAAAGCACUACACUUGCAUGAUUGAUCUCUUGGGUCGAGCUGGACGCCUAGAUGAUGCUCAAGACUUAAUCAAGAGCAUGCCCUUUGAACCAGAUGCUGCCACUUGGGGUGCUCUCCUUGGGGCAAGCAGGAUGCAUGGAAAUACAGAAUUAGGAGAAAAAGCUGCUGAAAAUAUUUUUGUAUUGGAGCCUUGGAAUGCAGGGAUGUAUGUUCUUCUGUCUAACUUGUAUGCAGCUUCUGGUAGAUGGCGUGAUGUUAGUGAGAUGAGAUUAAAACUGAGAGAUACUGGUACAAGGAAAGUUCCUGGGUACAGCUGGGUUGAGGUACAAAACAAGAUUCAUAUAUUUUCAGUUGGGGACUCCACACAUCCUGACAGUGCUAGAAUAUAUGCUUUCUUGGAAGACUUAGAACUACGAAUGAAGCAUGAAGGCUAUGUGGUUGCUACAAAAUUAGUCUUGCAUGAUGUGGAUGAGGAGGAAAAGGCACAUAUGCUGAAGUAUCAUAGUGAAAAAUUAGCUGUUGCAUUUGCAAUUCUGAAUGUACCCACUGGGAGACCAAUUCGUGUGAUAAAGAAUUUAAGGGUUUGUGGAGACUGUCACACUGCAAUCAAACUCAUAUCAAAGAUUGUUGGGAGAUCAAUAAUUCUACGGGAUAAUAACCGUUUUCACCAUUUCACUGAUGGUAUAUGCACCUGUGGGGAUUAUUGGUAAGAGCAAAGUGUUGCUGGUUUAACAUAUAUGGGUAAAGCCAUGAAGAUACCAUUGCUUUCAAAUUUAGUCCUCAUGAUUUUCUGAAUAUAUUGUGCUACCAGUCACAAUAGUUUGCUCAGUGGUCAUUCUCAAUGCCUCUUGAAAGGAUAGGAAGGGAAAGCUCCACUCUAAUCCUUUCCUAAUCCAGAAAAUAGAGGACAUCUUUCAUAGGAAAACAUACAAACUUCUUUUGAAGUUUGAGCGCUUAGGUGAGUAUUACAAGUUGGUCAAUGAGAGUUGCUGUCAAGGAUGUAAAUGAUCUGUUGCCAGUGCAAAGGAAAAAGGAUUGGCAGUUAUGUAUUGCAGUUCAAACUGCUAGGCUUAAUGACUUAAGUGCCCUCUAAAGAUCUGACAGCAGCCUUUGUGAAUACAUGGAACCUAUGAUGCAGUGAAGCAGCAGAGGUCAAAUUGAUAUCAAAUGGUACAUUUUAAGGGAAAAGCUUGAAGUGAUGAUUCAUCGGGAGUGUCAUUCAAGUUUUGCAUCUUAUUAGGAACCCGCAUCAGAUGACUUUGGGGGAUGAAGAGGAAGUCUUGAAGUUAGGCUUAGAAAACAAGAUUCUUGGAGACCUGAAUGCUAGCUUGAUAUAGAGGUGAGUUUUCUGGUGCCUUCUCUAGUUGUUUUGAUAAACUGUCUGCUCCUACAAUCAUGACUUUAAGGUGAGUAUCCAGAAGCUUUAGCUAAAUAUUAAUUGGGAAUUCAAAAAGCAUGAUUUACCCUUAGACUUAUCUGAAAAAGCAUGAUCUUUUUCCUUUCUGGUUAGUGAAUAAAGAUCAUGCUUAUUAUUGGACUUGAUAAUGUUUGACAUACGUUCUGCAUCCGUCUCUUCAAGUAUUUUCUCAGGUUAGAUUAAAUAGUACACAAAUUAGGAA